UCAAGCCUUCUCUGGUCUCACAUUUCAUUUAGUAGCGUUUCUUAUCAUCUUUGCGUUUCGUCGAAGCAUCAGCUAAGUUUUCUUUUCCUUUCAUCUUUCUUUCUUUCGCUUCCUUUAUUUUAUUUCAUCAAAAAUAUCGUUUUAAGAUCUUAUUCUUAAAUUCCAGAUCUGUUUUAAAUUAGGGUUUUAUUCCUAAAUAUUUGUCUCCUAUUCGAGUUGGGUGAUGCGAUAUUAGGGUUCUUUCAAAAAAUACCCAUGAUUCUAGAUUUUCUAUGAGUUAUUUUAUUAUUUGAUCCUCAUGCGGAGAAUUCGACUUUUUCAUUCUUUCUCGGUUGUAUUUCUUUACUGGUUUUAUGUUUUUUCAUAAAGUAAUCGUCGAGCAUCUCUAGUGACUCAACUUUCCGAUCCCCAAUUCAAUCAGCCCCAUUUUCUUUCCUCUAACCCUUCAAUUGUUAAUUGUAAUCAACAGUUAAUUCUAAUAAACAACGAUUUCGCUUUAAUUUAACCAAAAACACUCUAGAGAAAAAAAAAAAAAAAAACCCAAUGGGGUCAGUUCAAAGGCAAACAAGUUCCGGCUCCGACAGCGACCCUCGUUAUGCACAGAUCGACGAGAGGAAAAGGAAAAGAAUGAUAUCAAACCGGGAAUCGGCCAGGCGAUCAAGAAUGAGGAAACAGAAACAGAUGGAGGAUUUGGUUAACGAAAUAAGCCAAUUGGAGAACGCCAAUGCCAUGAUUAGACAAAACAUCGUGGCUAGUACUCAACGUUACGUUGAGUUGGAAUCUGCCAACAAUGUCGUGAGGGCUCAAACUAUGGAGCUGACUGAUCAUUUGAGGUCUUUGAACUCUGUGCUGCAGAUCUGGGGCGAGAUUAGUGGGCUCAAUGUGGAGAUUCCUGAAAUGCCCGACCCUCUUAUGAAACCGUGGCAGCUCCCUUGUCCUGGGCAGCCAAUCACGGCGUCUGCUGAUAUGUUUGAGAUGUAACAUCGAUUUGUAUUGUCGUUGCUGGAUGAAAGUGGUCGUCAUGUGUCCGUUUUAGGUCUUUACGUGUUGUUAGUUUAGCUUGAUGUCGGUAUGGUUUUAUUUUCUAAUGGGAGUGCCUGUUUGCAGGAACUUGUUAUGUUAAUGAU